GAGCGAUAACGUAUAUGUAAUGAUUUAGUGUUAUGUCAACAGUUCGAAAUGGCACCCAAGAAAAAAGUGAAUAAAAAUAGUGACGCGAAAUCUAAAGAUAAGAAUGAGAAAGCCAAUAGCUCUGGAUCAAUUGCUGCAUGUCUUCUCAUCCUUACACCAAUAGCAGCAGUCACUUUAUCGCUGGUAGCUUUUCAAUUUUACAACAAAUUCCUGAGUAUACCAGAGAUACCCAACUUGGAUUAUGAUGUCUGGUGGGGUCCAAAUACUACCAAAGUUGAUACAACCAUUAGACCGUAUAAAAUAGUAUUUUCUGAUGCUAUGCAAGAAAACCUCCGGAGAAAAUUUGAAAUGUAUCGCCGGAGUACCAGAUUGAAGAGUUUGGAGGAGUCGGCAGAGUAUGGAAUCAACUCUGACGCGUUGGGGCAGCUUUUCGCCCAUUGGCAAUUCCAAUAUAAAUACCCGAAACGAGUAAAGUAUCUGAAUAAGUUUGAUCAUUUCAAGACCACUAUCCAAGGGUUGGAUAUACAUUUUGUGCACGUUAAGCCAACAGCGGAGAAUGUCAAGGUUAUCCCUCUUUUGUUGCUGCAUGGUUGGCCAAGCUCAAUUAAGGAUUUCUACGAAGCAAUUCCAUUACUGACGUCACCGAGGCCUGGAUACGACUUCGUGUUUGAGGUUGUCGUACCGAGUUUACCAGGAUUUUGUUAUUCACAGGGUCCAGUGAAGGUUGGUUUUAGUCCACACCAAAUAGCCAUCGUAAUGAGAAAUCUAAUGCAAAGAAUUGGCUUUAAACAAUUUUAUGUCCAAGGUGGUGAUUUCGGUCACACGAUUGGCUCUCAUAUGGCGAUCCUGUUUCCAGACCAAGUGCUUGGUUUCCACACAAGUUUCCCAGUUAAUUUUUCAAAGAUCUCCAUGUUAACAUGGCUGGUUGGUGGUGUUUGGCCUAGCUUGAUGCCAAAGGAAAUUACAGAUUCAAUGUACCCUUUAAAAGACAAGUUUAAGUAUCUUUGGGAGGAAUUCGGGUACAUGCAUAUUCAGGCAACAAAACCUGAUACUGUUGGUAUAGCUCUCCAAGAUUCUCCUGUCGGCCUUGCUGCAUACAUCGUAGACCGGAUUCUGGUGUUCACUAACCAAUCCAACAAACUCUUGGAAGAUGGCGGUCUAUCUUCCUUCAACAAAACUGACCUGAUCGACAACGUGAUGCUGUACUGGAGCACUGGAAGUAUCACCACGUCUUUGAGGUUGUAUAAGGAGAGUUUCGCGAGUGAAGUUGACAGGAUUUUAGAAGAAAUUCCAACACCAGUACCAACUUGGGGUCUUCGUACUAAGCACGAAAUCUUCCACACACCAGACUUCAUUCUGCGCAGGAAGUACAAUCUGUUAGGAAUCACCAAUCUGGAUACAGGUGGCCAUUUUGUAGCUUUUGAGAAGCCGGUUGAGUUUACAGAUGACGUGUUUACGGCUGUAAAGAAAUUUAGGUUAAUAAAGUGAUUUUUAUUGUUA